AUGGGCAGUGUAAUCCCCUCUGAGGACGAGCUCACCGCCGCGCUCAUCGACCUCAAGACUAACAAUCCGCAGUGUGGAAUCGCAAAAAUUCACGCUCUCCUGCUCAUCUCCUUCCCAACUUGGCUCGUCUCCGAAAAACGCACUCGUAAAAUUUUGCAGCUGCACGGGCUGGUGCUCAAUGCCUCGCCUCCGUCCUCGUCGACGCCACAAGAGCAGAGCGAAGAGGUCGUGAUCGCGGCAGACGGGUCCACGAGUUUCAUCCCGUACCAGUACCCGUCAUCCCGGGUGAUCAAAAACCUCGAUUUGCAGAAAUGGACGCUCAAAGUACGGGUCAAGUACUUCGACAAGAAAAAGGGCAAGGGGCUCGUCGCGAUGGAGAAGAUCAGCAAGGGGGAGGUCAUCUGGAAAGAGGACCCGUUCAUCCUCGCACCUGAAUGGGAAAUAUACGAUUUGCAGCACCAAUCUGCCGCGUGUGGAUUCUGCUCGACACCUUUCGCGACGGCCUCGCCGUUGAUCACCUCUUGCCCCGGCUCGUCCUCGUCCUCUGCAGCGCCCUGUCCGAUCAAGUUCUGCAGUCGCCUCUGCCUCGCGAGGUCGAAGAAGCAUCAUACAUUGCUCUGUCCGUCCCAGAACCCCGCAUGCGUCCCCCUCUUGAAAUUUGCGAGAGACACGCAGUGGAUGGCCCUCCACGCGCUCUCGCAGUGCACAAGCAGGAUCUUGCUGGCGAACCAGAUCGACGACUCGACGCUCAAUUCGGAUUGGCAGGUUGUGAAGGGGCUAGCGGAACUGGGCAUGGAGGAAAGGUUCCAACAGAGCUAUGAAGGGCAUCACGGGGCAGAACCCGACAGAGUAGCCUGGCAGAAAGCACACACUCUAUUCGUUCAGGCCUUCAGUGAGCCACCGAAUCCCGCAGACCAGAAGAAGCUCACAAAGCUGCUCAAGAAGCCUUUGCGUGAGGACCUCAAAUCUGACCUCUUCAACUAUAAGUCGUUCCUGCGUGGCCUGGGACGCAUGAGUCUGAACUUGGAAGCACACGGCGGGCUCUACGUCCUCCACUCGCACCUGAACCACUCCUGCUCGCCCAACGUAUCAGUACGGCACCUCGAGCAGAAGACAAUGCUCGCGCGCAUCACCGUCAUCGCGAAGCAAGACAUCCAGCCCGGCGAGGAGCUCACCGUCACAUACGUCAACCCCUCGGGGAGCGUCACCUCCCGCCAAAUCGAAUUGGAGAGCUGGGCGUUCGGAAAGUGUAAGUGCCCGAGGUGUGUGCAGGAGCUGAAGGAACUGGCGGAGAAGAGGAAGGCGGACGGGGAGGCAGAGGCUGCGGCCGGCGCGGCGCUUGAUGAUUUGGAGAGGGAGCUGAAGGCUGGGCUGGGGCUUGCGUAG